AUGAGUUACGGCCGCCCGCCGCCCGACGUGGAGGGCAUGACUUCCCUCAAGGUGGACAACCUGACCUACCGCACCUCCCCGGACACCCUGCGGAGGGUCUUCGAGAAGUACGGCCGGGUGGGCGACGUCUACAUCCCGCGGGACCGCUACACCAAGGAGAGCCGCGGCUUCGCCUUCGUGCGCUUCCACGACAAGCGGGACGCGGAGGACGCGAUGGACGCGAUGGACGGGGCGGUGCUGGACGGGCGGGAGCUCCGCGUACAGAUGGCCCGGUACGGCCGCCCGCCCGACUCGCACCACAGCCGCCGCGGGCCGCCGCCCCGCCGGUACAGCAGCAGCGGGUACGGCCGCCGCAGCCGCAGCCCUAGAAGACGCCGUCGCAGCCGAUCUAGAAGCAGGAGCCGCUCUAGAUCCCGCAGUCGGUCCCGCUACAGCCGAUCCAAAUCCCGGUCUCGUACACGCUCUCGGUCUCGCUCCACCUCCAAGUCCAGGUCUGCCAGGAGAUCCAAGUCAAAGUCCUCAUCUGUCUCCAGAUCCCGGUCCAGGUCAAGAUCCCGGUCCAGAUCUAGAAGCCCUCCCCCUGCUUCAAAGAGGGAAUCCAACUCUAGAUCCAGAUCUAAGAGCCCUCCCAAGUCUCCUGAAGAAGAAGGAGCUGUAUCCUCCUAGGAACAUGGUAAUGUACCUCGGGAUCAGCACAUGUUGCAUGUUACUUUAUUAGAGCACUUAGGUGGGGUGUUGGGUAGUUCUUAGAGCAUUAAUAUCCUGAACCAAGUGAAUCCUAACGGGGCACACUGUUAGUUGUUGGUUUUGGUUUUUUUUUUCCUGAGCAGUGCUUUUUGGUUAUUGGUUUAGGGAAGUUAUUACUGAAGGGUUUUCUACGGAAAUAUUUUUUUUUUUCUACAGAGAAAAUGUUUUAUUGCGAGAUUAAUGCCUUGGUUUUAUUAAAAUAUUGUAUGAGACGCAACCUAUGAUGCAAAUGACUAUUUCUUACUGUAUUUAUCCAACAUCUGCAUUUUCCCCUUUAAAGCUGCGGUCUCCUGUUUGCUAAAAGAAUAUUGGCCAGUAUUGCAGAUUUUAACUGAUUUGGCUGAUCCUCCAGGGACCAGUUUCUGUGGGCGUGUGUUGGAGCAGGUUUGUCUUACACUGUUAAAGAUACACUAUCCUUUUAGAACGGAAGAUCGGUUCAGUGGCCGUUGUACUGACUGGAGGUAAUAAGUGUCCUAGAAAAGGGGCAAAUUCCAUGGCAACGAGAAAACCACGGAAACUAGUUUUUCCUCAAGUCGACAUCUUGGAAGAGGCAUCUAAGGAUACACUGGGUGGGGAAAGGAUAGUGUGUCUUUAACCCUUCAAACUGUUUGGUCCUGUUUUUUAAAAGGAAAGGGCCUAAGCUAGCUCUGGAGUUAGAUAAUUGUAGCAAAACUAGUCACGUUUUCUGUUUUGAAUGCUACUUAAGAGUUUAGUUAAGUCUUUAUGAAGAAGUAUUAGCUUUUUUAACUUUUAUAUAGCUUUUAAUAAUCGAUUGUUGAACAGGCUGAAUUGAAGUUAAUGGUGGCUUGAUCUACAGCCUGGUGCUUGUUCUCCUUUGUAACUAAAUACUCUGACAGAACCUUACAUUUGGCCUCUGAAGUAAAGCGACACAAGGGGGGGGAGGUGGAACACUGUGGAAAUUCCUAAAACUUAAAAUUAACUUAGGCAAAGCCAGUUGAAACACAACUAGAAGUAUCCCUGAAGUCAUCCACACCCAAAACAGACAAGGUAGAAACCUGGCUGAACUUUCUUUUCUUCAAACCUAGAUGCUUCAGCUAAAUGAGAACCCACAUAAAGGACGCCUUUGGGGGGAAAAGAUCGCUUGAGUCUUCAGCCCAUUGGAGAGACCCUGGCCGAGCAACCAGCUGUUGAAAAGGUUAUUUUGUAACAUUUUGUCUAACUUUUUACUUGUUUAAGUUGCGCCUCAAGUGGCAGAUUUUACAUUUUUAUGUGCCAUUUUGUUGCUGUUAUUCAAAUUUCUUGUAAUUUAGUGAAGUGAACGACUACCGAUUUCAUUAUUGGCUUGGAUAUUUGAGGUAAAACUUCAUUUUUGUUUAUAUAGUGCUGACUUCUAUUGGAAAUUAAAACUGAUGGUAACUUGCUGCCUCCAGUUUCAUACUGAGGAAUCAUGCAGCCAUUAUAUGCCGAGUAGCUAACUGUCAGAAAGUAUUCUCAAGUUUGUUUUCAUUCCUUAAGUAAAAUUCUACAGAACUUCAAUUUGAAACUUAACUGUAAAUGCUUUUUUUUUUUUUUAAGAAAAAACAACUUUGCAUUAAAAUAGUAUCUUCAAAUUCAAAAUUGGUAGAAAUCUUUUCAGGUGACAGUUGAUAUAUGAAAGGAUUGUUUUAUCAGACUCAAUUCUAAUCUCUUCUCUUAUGUAUUUUUGUGCACUAGGCGCAGUUGUGUAGCAGUUGAGUAAUGCUGGUUAGCUGUUAAGGUGGCGUGUUGCAGUGCAGAGUGCUUGGCUGUUUCCUGUUGUCUCCUGAUUGCUCCUGUGUAACGAUGCCUUGUCGUGCAGAAACAAAUGGCUGUCCAGUUAAUUAAAAUGCCUGACAACUGCACUUCCAGUCACCCGGGCCUUGCGUAAAAAAUAUGGAGCAUACAGUGAGCACAUCUAGCUGAUGAUAUACACACCUUAUUAUUUCCAGAUGGUAAAACCAACCUACAUAUAUGAACUUACAUAUGAGAUAUGUAAUGUUAAGAACAGAAAUGGUUCAUUCCUUUGUAAGUACUGAUUGGUGUAUCUUUUGCUUACGAUAUUCUGUACUAUACCCACUGUCUCUGUAGUUAAUAUUAAACAUUUUUCUGUGUUAACUUUUCUCAA